UUUCUGGAUUGAUUGGACUGGUGGAAACUUCAGAGUAGGAAAAGGUAGCAAUGUGGGACGGAAUACCUUCAUGACAUAUGAUGAUUCACGUAGAUUCAGAUCCGACUAUGUAGGUGUAUCCACCUAUGAUGGAGUGACUGGUAACUGGAUAAUAAUAAGAGAUACAGUAAUUGGAAAACAGACAUGUGCUCUACCAUUGGUACCUGCAGUGCCUGAAGAGGGUGCUGUAGUCAUUGGUACUAGGUUUGGACGUCAAGCAGACAGCCGACAUGAAUACGAAUCAGUACCCGAUUCUUAUAAAAUAAGAUUCAACUUCACAGUAGAGAUGCGCACCACUGGCACCACAGGGGUUCUCUUCUUUGCUGUAGAUGGUAGAAGCAUUGACUACAUUGCUCUUUACAUGCAAAAUGGAAAGAUUCUCUUUGCUUUCAACUGUGGCAGUGGACCAGCCGUUAUUGAGAGCGAGGAUACUUACAAUGAUGGCGAAUGGCAUAAGGUGAGAAUUGAAAGAGAUCAGCGCAGAGGAUUCCUCUAUGUGGAUGACAAGAAGGUGGCGGAGGGGGCCUCUCAAGGCAGAUCCCGCUCAAUCAAUAUCGGAGCAGGGCCCUUCUAUGUUGGUGGUCUUUCACCUGAAGUAUCAAAGAAAGCUAUUGGAAUCCUGGGUGAUGCGAACCAAGGUUUUGCUGGCUGUUUGCGUAAUUUCACUCAAAAUAAAAAGUUGCUUGGUGAGCCUACUUCUAGUGUUGGCACUGAGGGAUGUCGUGAGAAUGUAGAGGUUGGCAGCUUUAUCCCAGCGAGUGGGGGACAUCUUAAAUUAUAUGAUGCCUUCAAAGUCGGACUUGAUCUUGAUAUCACCGUUGACAUUAAGCCUAGAUCUCGAGAUGGUGUCAUUCUGUCAGUAGCCUCCUCCAAGGGCGAUUACCUGCUCAUUCAGCUGGUUGAUGGAAAUAUCACUGCAGAAGCAGACAAUGGUAAUGGUACAAUCACCGCCACCUAUUAUCCACCUAGUAAGAAUUUGCUCUGUAAUGGAAUGUGGCAUAGUAUCGAAGUGAAGAAAGCAAAGAAUCUUGUUGCGCUGUCUGUAGAUGGCACUGGUGCCACACCGGGUAUUGGACUUACAGGCGUGUCAUCCACCGACACCAAUGACCCACUCUACUUGGGUGGAGUGCCAGCUGAAGAUCUUGUCCCACGUCGUCAUACAACCAAGCAAUAUGUAGGAUGUAUUCGCAAUCUCAAACUUAACAGGAAGAACCAGAAUUUGGCGAUAGCAAGUACAACAGGAGAAGUACAGGUUAACUCCUGCCCAACAAAUUAAAUAAUGACUCACUUAUAAGACAAUGCUGAAUGGAUUAAAUAAUGACUAACUUAUUAGACAAUGCUGAAUGGACAAUGGCUGUCUGAGGUUCCAAGUGAACAGCCAUAUGUCAUUUAUUCAGCAUUUGUUUUUAAUUGGACAUACCGACCCCUGAAAUGAUAAAUGGACAAUGAUUUCGUACUUUGGAUCACAAAGCUCUGUGUACACUACCAGAGAGUCUGAUUAGCAGAUUAUACACUGCAGAAUAUUUUAAUAAUUUUAGUAAAUGGAUUAAGUAAAAGGACUUUUAGUGAACAGUUUUCAUGGAACGAAGUUUUUUAUGUACUUUUAUUAUGUUUUUAAACUCUUGUAUACUCUUAAAGUAUUGAUAGAACAAAUGUUUUCUGGUUGUGUAGAGACAGAUUUGCGGUCUGUCAAUACAGAGUUUGAUUGUCCAAAUGUGAAGAUGAAAUCUGAAAUAGCAUGUCUCUUUCAAACACACUAAAAGCAAAUGAA